AACAUCAGAUGUACGCUUAGCAAAGGGCGCCAUUCGCAGAGGAAGACGAGGUAUCUUUCCUUUUUUUUCCUUCCCUCAGUGGUGUGGUCGGAUGCCUACCUACUUUAUGCCUGAACGCCGACACUCCAGCUUUCCUCCCCGUAAACGACAUCGGAUCUGCACUGACCCCUUUGUGGCGAGGAUUAAAAUAGAAUUCUCUUACCCUGCUUUUGACUGGCCAAGGUAUCACGUUGAAAGUAAAUACUUCCAUCCCUAGCCUGAUGAUGGAGCGACUUCUGAAACCACAGGAAAGCAGCUCCGUUGGAGAUUUGAACACUGGUGGGAUUUGCUUCAGCUGUGAACAGAUCUUUUCCACUCAGCAAUUUUUGGAGGAACAUGUGUGCCCUCUUACAAGUCACAUCUGCUCCUGCGGAACCGAGUUUGCUCUGUACGAAGACAUGUUCAGCCACAACCUCACGCACGAACCGGGACAACAGGUGCUGCAUCACGAAACGAUAAAGAAGCGCCGAUUUGAAAAACACAUCGAAGAAGAGGAGCAGCUGAAACGCUUCAAGUUGGGUGAAGUUGUCUGGAACCUUGAUGGUGGUUCUGGGUCUGUAAAGCAGUCUCCGUCGGCAUCAGCUUUUUCGACUAAAAUUUCGAAACCCAUCUCUUACGUGCCUAAAACAUAUCCGUCCAUGGCGUCAUCUUUUAAUGGUGACCAAACUGGAUUAAACAUGAAGAGUAUGUUUUCAACUGUGGGAGCCCCAACAGUCGAUCUUUGGACAAUUUACCAGCCCGUGGUGUUGGUGCAAACAAUCCGUAAGUGGAACCAGUGGAAGCCGUACACUUGCGGUAAAUGUGGUGAGGGUUUCGUCACCAAGCGCCUGCUAAUUUCGCACACUAGUAGUCACAUUGCUGACAAAAUCUGUGGCUGCAUUGGAUGUGGGCUGCUGCUUUCCAGCAGGAAGUUAAUGCCUCGCUUCCACACGUGUAACUCUUCCAGCACCACCACCAAACUCAAACUCAUAACAGCCAGACCGCUGAAUUACAAGAGUCCAAUCCAGGAAAUCGACCUGACUCGGAGCCCGAACAAGUAUUUGAAUGCGGGAAACGAAAACAAUCAGAUGCUUCAAGUCACCUCUGCCCUGCAGUUGAAAAAUGUAAAUGUGCGAACCUACAGCAGACUCUCUCAGGGAGGUCGCACCAUGACUUCCCAGCAGUUCAAGCAUCAGAAUUCCACGCUGAACGCCCCCCAGAAAAGCGGUUGGAAGCGUCCGCCCUCACCCGCAACAAAGAGCGGCAACCUGAGCAAACCUGCAAAGACGUCCCCCGGGGCAGCUGACUUUACGUGUCGGGUGUGCCAUGUCUCAUUUGAGAGCACUCAGAUGCUACAGAGGCACAAGUGUCCCAAAGCAGAUGAAUUCUUGGCCAAGCACGGCCGUAUCGGCAAAAUGAUCCAGCCCAGACGGGAUGUGCUGAUAUCCAAGGCCAAUGCGACCCGGGUAAAUGGUGAAAGGAGCCGCGCAUUCUCGUCUGAUGCCAAGAACCAACAAGUUACUUAUAAUAAAGGACAACAUGCUGACAAAGUGGAUACAGAAGAUAAGGAAGAUGAUUGUUACAUCGUGGAAACCGGACAAGAAAAAACAUCUGAAAUGAUCUACCAGGUCACCUCAUCUGUCCCCAUUAAAACUUGACCAGUUUGCAUGUUGCCGAUCAUCUGCUUAUCUUCAUUCCAAAUGAGUAAAAUGUUUCCUGACGUCUUCUGUCCUUUUAAAAUCCAUGUAUGUGUGCGUCAAUUUAGAUUUGAUAAAAUGAAAAAUUCAUAUGAAUCUGGCUUAUAUAUUGUCAGGACAGAACAUUUGAAUGCUCCAUGUUUACCGGUGUAUUUGAACAUUGGUGUUAAAUUACAAAGUCAACCAAUGUAUGUUAAGAUGAGAGGUGAGCCAGCAAGGCACUGUAUUGUAGAUUUCUUGUCCUUUUUCUAAAUAUGCUUCAGUGUGAUCAGAAUGCCUUCGGAUAAGCGUUCACUUCCAUGACCAUUUUAAGUGAACUUUAUGUAUUAUUAAACUAUAUUUUCUAAUUCUCA